UGUUUUUCAGUCGCGGGCACCCGCAGCAUCAGCAACACAAAAGGGUCUGCAGUCGUGGAUUGGGGAAGAAGCGCCGCAAGUGACUUCAAGGCCAAUCGACUGGAAACAGAUCUCCUGCAAGAGAGGCGACGACAGGGCAAAUUCCAACCUUUCAGGCGCCUGUUUGGGAAGAAGAAGAAGUUAGGAACUGAGAGGGUACAAGGGCUGAAGACAAGCUUUUCCACAGAGGAAGUGAGCAAUGGUGUCGUCGCCAAGGAUCAGCCCGAUCAACAUCUGAGGGAGCUGACUCCGAUCGGGGACCGAGCCCUCUCGCACGACAGUGUCUUCAUCCAAGAGGAAGCUGUGACGGAGGGCUGCUCGGAGCACACCAUGUCCCAAGAAAACGUUUCCGAUAAAGUCAGGAACCUUCAGAGGCAGAUAGCUCAAAGUAUCAAGUUUGGCCAGAAGCCCCCCUCUCUUAGGAAGAGUGAGGACGAACAGGGAAGCUCGGAUGAAAACGAGGGGCCCCAGGGGCCCCAGAGCCCCCUCGAGGUACUGUCCCAGGUGGAGGCGGAGCCAGACCCAAACGUCUACGGAGAAAGCCUGGUCCAAGGCUUCCAUCGGGGUGAGAUACAACAUACCCCAGUGAAAUCCCCCAGGUCCAAAUGUAUUCUUCCAGCCACCGGCACCAUUGAGUCCAUUAACCUGGAUUCAGUCCCACAGUCGGUCCCUCGAUUGGACAACACCGCUGCCAAGCACAAACUAUCUGUGAAGCCCAAAAACCAGAGAGUCUCCCGCAAGCACCGCAAGUUCACACCGGAUCUGCAGGACAUGUCUCCACCACCUGUACUACAUGAAGAGACAGAAGACCGCGAGAACCUGGAGGGCCCUUGGUCCAGACAUGAGGGAUCCCCCUUUGAUUCUCCAGACUCAUUCAGUAAACAAACAGUGGAAGAAAGACUGGAGUCCAGAGAGAAGAGAGACAGGGAGGAAGAGGAACUGAGAGGGGAGGAGCUGGAUGAGGAGAGGAGGAAGAGAGCAGAGGAGCUGUACGAAAUAGGGGAGAGAUGUCGCAGACAACAAGAGGAAGACCACAGACAAAGCAUGGAACUGGAGAGGAGAACGAAGGAAGAGGAGGACAGGAAGGCUCGAGAGGACGAGAGAACAAAAAGGGAGGAGGAGGAGAAGGAGGAGAGGAGGAUGAAAGAGGAAGACGAGAGGACCCAGAGGGAAAAAGAGGAGACGAUCCGUGAGGAGGAGGAGCGCAGGAGGGCGGAGGAGCAGAGGCGGAGAGAGGAAGAGACGCUGGAAGCAGAGCGCCUUCGCGUCGAGGAGGAGGGGAAGCGGCUGAGAGAAAAAGCAGAGCAGGAGGAGAGGAGGAAGAUCCAGGAGGACGAGAGGAAACGGGAGGAAAAGCGUCGCCGGGACGCGGAGGAGCCCGAGACGGCGGCCGCGCACGAGGGCGAGAGCGGCUCGGACCCCGUGGCGAGGAGGAGGAAGGCCGAGGAGCUGCGGUGGAGGGAAAUGGAGGAGAGACAACGGCCGUUCUCUUUCAAGGUCUCCUCCGGGGAGAAGCAGAUCCUUUUCCAGAAAGUCAACUUGACGCCUGUGACGCUGCCCUCCAGCCAACAGGAAGGCACGGUCACCACCCCCAGAGAGGAUUCAAAAGCCUCCUCUCCCGGGGGAGCAGAAUCCCUCAGCAUGUCAUCCAUUCAGUACGUCCCCCACACAGCCAUCCUGGUGACAGGGGCUCAGCUCUGCGGACCCGCUGUCAAUCUAGAUCAGAUCAAAGACACGGCGUGCAAAUCCCUGCUGGGCUUGGGCGAGGACAAGAAGGGCAUGAACGCUUCCCCAACCAAGUGCAAGACGUCCCCCGAGCGCAAGUCUGGGAAAACCAAAUCGCUCAGCGAGUCCUCCACCUCCUCGGAUCAGUCCAGUGCAGCCAUCUUGGCGGAGUGGGCCAGCAUCAGAUCCAAGAUAUUCAAGGGAGCCGAUGAGGGGAUGUAUGAGGGCUACCCAGAUCCCGGCCACAGCCCGACCCAGGUCCAGAGCGGGAUCAGCGGCGAAGAUCCGGACAAGACUCCAUUCCCACACACCAGCCUGAGGAAGACCAUGUCGGCCAGCGCAAAGUUCUCCAUAACCCCAGCGAAGAAGAAAUUUGCCGAAUCCAGCAGAAAUAUGGAAUUGUCGUGUCAGGCAGACAAGGACAGGGGGCCGACGGAAAAUGCUCAAUCCGACGGCUCGUCCGGCACCACUGCCAUCUCCCCAGCUCCAGACAGCAAGGCCCAGAGCAAGGCGACGAAAGUGGUCCGCAUCGCGGGCAGGUCAGAGGGGUGCCAGUUUGCUAAAGACCUCCCCUCCUUCCUGGUACCCAGUCCUGACCAGGACUCAACCCAACGCGAGGGGCCAGAGGCCCGGAGCCCGGGAGAAUUGGACGAGUCCGAUGAGAACUUGGAGGGCGAGAAAAUGGGCCCGGACGACCAAACCAGGCCUUCUCCCUUCGGCAUCAAGCUAAGAAGGACCAACUACUCCCUCCGCUUCCAGGGCGACCAGCCGACAGAGAAGAGGAAGAAAAGAUACAGCGCCGGGGACACUUUUGACGGCGUCCCCCCACCUCUCGCUCCGAUAGAGCCCGACUCCAACUCGUCCUCCGCGUUACCCGACAAGUCCAGCUCCGCCUCACCACUUCGAGAAAGGAGUCCAGUGCACACGGCCGCGCCUUCUUCGGUCGCCCGGGCCAAGCGGGGAGGGUUUGGUGCGGGUGAAAAGACCUCACCCAAACCCCCGUUGUACCACAGAGCCAGCACCGCCGUUAAGUUCACAUGCGCCGAUGCCCCUCCUCAGUUGCCCCUCCUCAAGACCCCCCAAGGGGGGCCCGGCGAGGCCGUGACCCAACGAACUGGCCUGGCAGCGGACUCGGCGGACCAGGAGGAGCAGGGGAAGAGAAGGGACGAGUCGUCAGCCGUUGCCCAGCUGCUCAGGGCCAGCCAGGGGGACGAGGAGCCCAAGGAGAAGAAGUCCUUCUUCCCCUCCAUCAGCAUCCCCUGGAGGGAGAAGCCCGACAGGAAAGCGGAGCUUAUCAAGCGAGAAAAGCCGUCUCUGCAGAGCAGACAUUCUCUGGACAGUGUGCGGACCCAGGAAAAGGACAGCGGGCCUUUGUGGAUCACGCUGGCUCUGCAGAAGCAGAAGGGUUUCAGGGAGCAGCAACAGGGCCGUGACGACCGACGGAGCCAAAGAGAAGCCAAGCUAGCGGAGAAGCAGGCCAAAGAAACCAGUGGAUCGGUUAGUCCUUCAGAGAAUAAAGGGAACACCAACACCAGUCCUAAACCUCAACAAACUCAAGAGGCCAAAAGGCCAGACACCUUGCUGGCCCGCUUUGAGCGCCGAGACAACCUGAAGAAAGCUAACACACUACCAAGCUCUGUCACAGUGGAGAUUUCCGACUCCCCUCCAUUAUCCCCUGCCGUGAAGGAGGUGACGAAACGCCUGCCCUCCAGUGACUCUCCCCAGGCCUCCACUGAGCCGGCCUGGCUGGCCCUGGCUAAGCGCAAGGCCAAAGCCUGGAGCGACUGCCCCCAGAUCAUCAAAUAAUCUGCCCCGGUUCACUGCUCCAAUGUCUACACGCUACCACAACCAUACACAGUCCGUGAACUCUGACCCCCCAAUCCCGAGCCUCCUUCUGCCCUUCCUGUCCCCCCGCUGCUCCCGAGCAAUGCUUGUGCCAUGAACACUCAUGACCACAACCAUCUUUCUCAAGUGAUGCUUGUCAACGAUAUAAUAUGUAACACACACACACGUCAAAGGCCCCAUGUCACGCACAGCUGAUCACAUGCAAGACUGCGCACUGCAAUAUUCUACCAGUACCUAAAGUAGCCAAUCAAACCCAACACGGUUGUCAGUACAUGCACUUGACUCAAUACUUAUUUGAUGGAUGUUUCUGAGCAAAAAUCCAACUUUACAGAAGGUCACUGUAAAAUACUCCUCAUUACUGUAUUAACAAAUGUUCACUGUGUGUUAUAUUAUCUCAUGGGUAUUAUUUUAAGUAGGCUACUGAUUUCAAUGGAUGUCAUAUUUGAUCUUGUCUGAAAUGUACAGAAACUUCUUUUAUACAUGUAUUUAAAUCCUGUGCAGUAUAACAAUUCUCACUGUGUCCGUAACGACUGUGAAUGCUGUCAAAAAGCAAUUGCAACAUGUUGCAAUGACGACGUUGUUGUGUUCAUGAACUAACAUUAAAUCAGUCUUGCUCACAUGUUGGCUGCAUUGAAACACUGCACUGAAGUGUACAGUACACGAUAACCACAAUAACUCUGAUGAUAUUGUCUGGAUGUAGUUCAUUUUUUAUUUUUGAAGAAAGAAAGAAACCACUCGCUUGCUGUAAGACAUCUGUGCUGUACAUAGCGUGACCCGUCCUAAAGCAGUCCAACACCACCGCCUACUUAUCCGUUUCUACAUCGAAAUAAACCAUUCAGCAGCUCUCUGAGAACUUCUAUAAGGCUAGGUCAGCUGUCCCAAUACAGUAUGGACAUCACUAAAGAACUUACAGUAGGCUCAGAAUUCUGUCAUUUCUACAAUUCUCCCUUAUCUAUGUAAUGAUGUAUGUAUGUGUGUGCGUGUGUGUGCGUGUAUGCAUGGUAGAUGCACUGUUACCAAGACUUUGCCCCUGAGGGCACAGUCACUUGGUCCCUUUUUUUUAAUAACUUUGGUUGUGUGCAAUAGUGUAGUGUACACAGUGUUGUGUAACAGAGGUGUUUGGUAAUAAUUGCACUUUUUUUUUCUUCUUUUGUUUCACUUGGGAGUCGUCUAUGAGGGGUCUAUGGGGGGCUCAUGAAAGUGAUGCAAAUGUCAAUAAUAGUGUCAAUUAAAUACUGAUGUCUGAAC